CUCGCAGUCGAUUGCACUCACCCUCGGCCCCUCGCCCGCCGUCGCUUGCGCUCGCUCUCGCCUCUCGCAGUCGCUGACUCGCUCUCGCCUCUCGCGGUUCCUCAGCCAUGAUUAGGAAGAAACGUCUAAGAAAGACAGGCAUUACUGAUUUAGGUGGAGAUGCCUCACUUCCCACACAUGCUUCAGCAUCAUUGUCAACUCCACCACAACCCCCAGCAUCAUCCCCAGCUCCACCACAACCUAUAGCAUCCUCCCCAACUCCACCGCAACCUCCAUUAUCUGGCCAUGCCCCAUCACAACCUCCAGGAUCUAGGCAGACUCCAUCAGAAUCAUCCACCCCACAUCUCUCUCACGAUAUUCCAUCGACAGCCUCGUCUACAUCACGUCGUUACUGGACAGUUAAUGUGAUAGAUGAAGAAGGGCUUAUAAAACAGGAAAAACUAAGGGUUAAAGAUGUUUGGUUACUAGUAUGUGGAAGGCGUGUUAUGUUAGAGUUCAAUGAAUCAUUCCAACCAAUUGGAGAUCCAGCUGGACUUCUUGGAGGGAUUUUAGGAGAAUUAGCCUCUAAUUUUGUUGCUUUUCCUAUCAAUUAUGAAAGAAAAAUUUAA